AUGAGGUCGCAGGUUGUACUGGAGGAGAGUCAGAGAGAUUGUGGGGCCGAAGGGAAACUGAAGUUUCACCUGCAGCCCCUUCAAAACAGUAAACGCGGGCCUCAGGCAGACACACUGAGGGUCAACGUGGAAGGCUGUGUUGCAGGUGGGCUGGAGCCUGAUGAACUCUCCAAGUCCCCUGUUGUACGGGAGGGGCAUGAGCUGCGCUCUCCAGCCCAGGUCGCCGAUAUGAAGCUGAUGGACCUCUCAUUAAUUGAGCAGACAGCUUUCAUUUACUAUCAUAUCCUUGGAAUAUUUGGAGUUCCUGCUAACAUCCUGACAAUUGUCAUUCUGGUUCGAGGAGGCUGUGGUCUGUCCAAGGGUAUCACUCUUUACUUGGUGGGUAUGACUAUUGUUGACUUGCUGGUCAUUAUUUUCAAUGUGAUGAUGUAUUACAUAUUUUAUUACUAUUUCCCGUUUUCAAUUUUACACUACACCUCCACAGUGAGCAUCAAUGAGGUUAUCAAUUAUGUGCUUGUUGACUACUCUGUCUGGUUGACGGUCGCUUUCACUGUCGAUCGCUUUGUCCUCAUUAGUUGUCAAAAGCUCAGUGAGAAGUAUUGCAGGGAGAAGCCUGCAGCUGUGAUUAUAACAAUCCUCGGUGUUGUAUCGUGCAUCAAAAAUAUUCCACUGUACUUUGCUUUUGAACCUGGCUAUAUAAUUGACGGUAUGGAGUGGACUGUUGAUUUCAAGCCAGAAUAUUUUACAUGGCCAGGAUGGAUAACCUUUGACUGGAUUGAUAUAAUUUUAAACCCACUGUUGCCAUACUUUCUCAUUUUACUGCUCAACACUCUGACUGUCCGACACAUUGUGAUGGCCAAUCGAACCCGCAGAGGACUGCAAGGUCAACGCAACACACAGAACAGCGAUGAUCCAGAGAUCCAGAGCCGAAGGAAAUCCAUCAUUUUACUGUUCGCCAUUUCUGGCACUUUCAUCGCGCUGUGGAUGCCUCCUGUUGUGUUUUUUCUCAUUUCCAGGAUUACAGAACGUCAUUUUGAGCCAGAUCAAUACACCGAUCCAUUACUUAUUGCAGACUACGUCGCAGAUAUGUUUCAACUGCUUAGUUCCUGUACAAACACAUGUAUUUAUGCAUUGGCCCAGACUAAAUUCAGGGAGAAGUUGAAAAAUGCAUGCCACUUGGCCGUUAUCCAAUCCUCUGGUACCUCUCCAGAAACUAAUGAUUUUUGGAAAAUUGGAACCGAUGCAUCCAAUAUCUCUGCAGCUACCUCUUCCAGGAUCCUAUGA